UUUCUAAUCAGGCCUUCUCAUCUUGCCAAUUUAUGAUAAGAGUCAAAUAGCUCACUCUCAGGAGAUCAUAAUUUCUUUGGUCACAUACCGUUAUGAUGAGGACCUAGAUAACAUUUUAAAGAAAUAUAUAUUCAUCCGGUAUCUAUUGCCCCAUUUCCUGAGAUAUAUCUUUUACAUUGCUCGGCUAAAAACACCGAAAUUGGAGAAUAUAGGUCUAAUUCAAAUUAUGGACGGAUUGACAUGACGACAACAGAGUUUUUUUUUCAGAAGUUUCCUGAAAUGGCACUGUAAAGUGAUACGGGUCAGAGCUGCAACGCGAUAAUUCAAUACUUGGACAUUUUAACGAUUGAUCACUUGAACGCCUAUACAAGAAACGAUUUUUUUUCGAGAGACCCCGUAAACAUGGAAGCUUGGAAGGCGAACGUUGAGAAGGAAGAGGAGAGUUUCUUGAAGAUCCUCCACAGUCGAUUGGAGACGUCAUCGGCUCACGGUCUGCCGAACAUCCACCGUUCGUCCAAACCUAUCACCAAGCUCUUCUGGUUGCUUCUUUUCCUGACUGGUAUCGGCGUCAUCACUUGGCAGGUCGUCACUCUCUUUCAAACGUACUUCGCGUAUGGGUACACCGUAACUUAUGAGAUUAAGUUCAAUCGCUCCCAAACGUUUCCCGCCAUCACCAUCUGCAACAUGAACCCGGUGAUGAAGUCCAAACUCGAGGGAUCGGACGACUCUUUCCGAGAACUCUUUGAUGUUAACUUUAAGCCACCGGGCCCCAUGGACAUGGGAGAGCCGGAUGGGGGUAAUGGUCCGAAUUCAGGCGAAGGUGGAGGAGGAGAAGGCGUAGGAGAGGGAGAAGGAGAAGGGGCAGGAGGAGGUGUUGAUUAUGGUGGCUUGGUUAAUGUAGACCUACAGACUACUCAAAGUUCAAUGUUAGAUACGACUGACAAAAAGGAUGCUGCAGAAUCAAAGUCGGAUGUUCCUGAUGGUACCAGUGGACCAACUUCCGGUCAGGGUCAGUCAGGUUCUUCUGCAACAACAUUUGCCAAUGCCCCUGUCUCUGCGGAUAUCCCUAGUGGCAGUUCUACCAUUGUGGCAUCAGCAGGACUAGCAACACCCGAUGGGAAUGCGACAGAAGCUGGACACCAAGAAGAGUCAACCGCGAUGACCAACGACUCCAGUGAAUAUACAACUGAGGCUGUCGAAACUUGGCAAGACCGUCAAACAGGCGACUUCUUCCACAAGAAAUCUGAUGGUUACCUGAAACAACAGCGUCUGGUGGUCCAGCUGGCAAACAAGACGAUUGAGGAACGUCAAGCGUUGGGACAUUCUCUUGAAGACAUGCUUCUAGACUGCUCCUGGAGAGGGUUCCCAUGCUCCCCAGCGAACUUCACCAGCAUAUACGAUCCUCAAUAUGGAAAUUGUUACAUUUUCAAUUCGGGACAAGAUGGGAACACAUUGACCACGAACAGACCUGGGCCAAGCUAUGGUCUUUCUAUGGAGCUCUUUGUCCAACAAGAUGAAUACAUGGAAGAUUUAACCGAUGUUGCUGGCUUUCGUGUGAUCGUCCAUCAUCCAUCCAACAUGCCGUUCCCUUCUGACGAUGGUAUCUUUGUGUCUCCGGGUCUCGUCACUGCUAUUGGAGUUCAUGUGCUUGAGAUAGAGAGGUUACCGGACCCGUACGGAGAAUGCAAGGAGGACUAUGAUGGUAUUGAAGACAACAUCUACUACCAAAACUACAACAUAAGCUACAGUGUACAGACUUGUGAGCAAAGUUGUUACCAGUAUGCUGUGAGAAACGAGUGCGGCUGUAGCGACCCUUCCUUCCCAAGCCCUCUCUACAGUAACGGUACCUUCUUUCCUUGUGAUAUUGACAGUGAUGUAGAAACUGCCUGUCUUGAACGGAUCGAGCGCAAAUAUUUUAUCGGCAGUCUGGGUUGCGAGUGUCCAGCAGCUUGCCAUGAUAUCAACUACUUGCCAACAAUAAGUUCAGCCACUUGGCCUUCUGAUAAUUAUGAGAGGAAGCUUUUUGAAAAGAUGACAAAAUCUAAUGCUGAGAUGCGGAAACAAAUCAGAGGUCAAACCCCAUCUGACUGGACAAGGAGUAAUAUGGCUAAGGUAGAGAUUUACUUUGACGAAUUCAACUACGAAUACAUUCGUCAGGAUAAGGCAUAUACGAUCCCCGACCUUCUGAGUGACAUCGGCGGCCAGCUCGGUCUUUGGCUUGGCCUCUCGGUUAUCACCGUCUUCGAAAUCUUCGAGAGUGCUUGGGCCUUGAUCGCCUUCUUCUGCUCUCGUGGUCGAAACAGGACGCGUCCAGUGCAGACCAUUAUUCCCCCGUCGUCGAAAGUGGCGCCGAGAUCGUCGCCCCCGCCAUCGUACAGUUCUCAUUUCGCCGAUGACAAGAAGUAGAACGCGGGGAAAUCUGCUUCGUGGAAAAGCGCUAUAAAACUUUAUCCGGGACUAACACUUAGGCCUACUCUAAAUCUUUCAUCUUUCUUUUUUCCCCCACGAUAUUUGUUACUGGAUUUCAUUCCACUCUCCCCUUCCCCCC